AUGGAUACAGGAAAUGGCGUUGAUCUCAGCUCGCAGCUGGUCAUGAAAUUAAAUUUAGAUCUCAGAGGACACUCAUUCGUCGUCGAGCGCGAUCAGCUGAUGAAUAUGCCUGAAUCGGUGCUGCUAUGUCUAUUCCCGAAUGGGUUGGUACUAUCGAAGCCACCUAACACGUCUACUUCUGAGGAGGAUGAGAGUGUAGAGGAUGACAUAUACUAUGUGGAUUUCGAUCCUGAGUGCUUCAGAUACGUAAUCGAUUUCUUCAAACAAGCAGCGACAGAUUUCUACGGCACAGCCACAAGUCCCGGCACAAUACAGUAUCAUCAGUCGUUAAUCACACCCUCGCCCAACGGGACAUACGACACGCAAUGGGCAUACGAACUCGCUAACAAUCCCCUUCUCACUAAGCAGGCUGUCAUAGUUUUGAGGGAGGAGCUCGAGUAUUUUGUCAUUCCGCAGCGCGAUUCCCCCGCGCGGACACUGGAGAAUGGUACACCGAAUGAGGCGCUAUUCAAAUUAAAGUUGGAUGCUGGGCACAGUUUGCACCAGAGGCAGAAGAUAUUCACUGCGUUGCAGCGUAAUGUGAACAAGGAGAAUAACGUAGCGGAGCAACAUCUUAUUGAUAUGUUGUGCAUGUCGGGUUUUAGCAGAGACGAUAAAUGGGGGUACAGAGCGCUGGAGCCGGCGAGAUGUUGCAUUACGUCCAUCGCUCUCGUCUUGCUCAACACUGGUAUCAUUGCGGGGCCGGAUAAAGAGGCGAAAAUCGAUAACAACCAGAUGAUGACGGCGCAGAAACUUCUCCUAUUUUGGCGUAAACCAGCUAGGAAAUGCUGGUGGGAUGGAAUCGAUAUUGAUCUCAGCAGGGGUGAGGAGGAUGAUGAUAAAGAGUCGCAGAAUAAAGUCAAGGUUUGGUCGAGAAGAACGUGGACGCUUGAGACAAGCAUAUUUUAG